UCGAAGCUCCCGCUUUCUCGCCGCUGACCUCUCCGUUGAAUAGCGUUGCAAACGCCACAGUCCUGCACAUUCUGCCUAACGAUUUACUCUGUAUCAGGAUCAAGCAACUGCGUGUGAUUCCCUAUCGAGUUCAGUUAGAGCUCAAAGCUUGCAAGCGCGACUCGCACUUGUUGUGCUGCUGAUCCGGAGCCAGGAGGGGUGUUGCUCACUGCCCCAACUGCCUGCUGCGUAAUCUAGCCCCGAGGAGCUCGGCGAGUGCCAAAGAUGGAGCGCUUCCAGCAGCUUUUCAACAUGCAGGGGAGAGGUCAGGGGGGGGGUGCACCGGAUGGACCGGUUGUCGACACAUCAGAGAAGCUUCACAUAUCUUCGUUGGCGCUGCUCAAGAUGCUCAAGCACGGACGAGCGGGCGUGCCGAUGGAGGUGAUGGGGCUGAUGCUUGGGCACUUCGUGGACGACUACACGGUAAACUGCAUCGACGUGUUCGCGAUGCCGCAGUCGGGGACCGGGGUGAGCGUCGAGGCCGUGGACCCAGUGUUCCAGACCAAGAUGCUCGACAUGCUCAAGCAGACAGGGCGGCCGGAGAUGGUUGUGGGAUGGUAUCACUCGCACCCCGGCUUCGGGUGCUGGUUGUCUGGGGUGGACAUCAACACGCAGCAGAGCUUUGAGCAGCUCAACGCCCGAGCUGUGUCGAUCGUGGUAGAUCCCAUCCAGUCCGUCAAGGGGAAGGUUGUGAUCGAUGCGUUCCGGCUGAUCAACCCGCAACUCAUGAUGCUUGGGCAGGAGCCGCGACAGACAACGUCCAACGUGGGACAUCUGAACAAGCCGUCCGUACAGGCAUUGAUCCACGGGUUGCAACGACACUACUACAGCAUCGUUAUCGACUACCGCAAGAAUGAGCUAGAAGAGCAGAUGCUCAUGAACCUCAACCGAGAGCAGUGGACGCAGGGGUUGGUGAUGAAGCGAUUUGAGGACCACCAGACGUCAAACGAAAAAACAGUAGAGGCGAUGCUCAAGCUCAGCAAGGAGUACAACGAGAGGGUGCAGGAGGAAGAAGGGAAGACGAUCGACGAGCUGGCGGUGCUCAACGUCGGCAAGGUGGACCCAAAACGGCACUUGGAGAACGACGUGUCAGAACUGAUGGCGGCCAACAUCGUGCAGUCCUUGGGGGUAAUGCUCGAUACUGUCAUCUUCUGAUACUGCACAUUCGUACGUGCCUUGUGGCGGGUGAUGAUGGGCGUCAUUUCGACGGGCGAACGGGGGGGAUACUGUGGAAAGCGGACGCGUAGAGUUUGUUUCUGGUGGGGCAGUCUGGUAGAUGGUCGUGCUUGACUCGAUUCGCAUGGAACGUUGUCACGCGGAGACGCUUGUGGUUUUUGGGACUCGGCCCUCUUGAGUCUGGAUAUUUUAAGGUCCUUCCGGACCUUCCCGUGUCGUCUUGGCCUUGACUGUUGCUCUGGGGCGUUUGUUCUUCUGAUGUGGAACCAUUCUUCGCCGACUGGAGUUUCUUGCAGCGGCCACGGUCCCUUGGUAUGCCUUGCCAAGGAAUUGGCGGACCAACUGCUGUGGUGUGCAUGCGCAACGGCACCAGGCUGUUGAGGAUGAGAGUUCAUUCUUCGUAAUUCGAAGGCGGGAGUUCUCGUUGUUCUCCUUGCACACCGUCGUGCACAAGUCCGCACCCUCGAAUCUGCUGUGCUUUUUCGUUUUAUGCGUUGAUGCUGCUGGGGAAGAAUGACAGAUGCCAAAAUGGCUUUUCGUGUUGUGAUGAACCCAAACGUAACCUGAGCUUGCUGACCCUGCUGUAUCUAUUCUCAAGCCCCCUAGGGGAUUUGAGUUGCAGUGCCCGCUUGCAGUAAACCCUCUGAAGCCACGCCUACGAAGCUAGAACUCCUUUGGACGCAUUUUUGCGAUACCCUUGAUCUGCGCUGCAGCGUGCGCAUUCUGCCCUGUUUGCACACCCGCGGGGCGGGUGCACAAGUUAACCCUGCAGGAAAAUGUUUUACUGUACUUGUUCGGCAAAGGUGAAGACUAAUAGAGGGUUGGUUGUGGUAGGGCUCGUGUGCGAAAACAGCUUGCGCAUCCUCCCGAUGUCUCGUGGACGUCCGUGAAUGUGCAAU